AUGUCACGGAUCAGACGGUCUGGGAAACUGCGCUACGGUGACAAGGAGCUGGCAAUACAACAGCGACUCCGUGCCCUCGACACUUUCAGAGGGAUAGCAAUAGUGUUCAUGAUUUUCGUGAACGACGGAGCUGGCGGCUACUGGUGGCUGGAGCACGCUACGUGGAACGGCCUGGCUGCAGGCGACCUCGUGUUUCCUGCCUUCUUAUGGAUUAUGGGCGUCUGCAUCCCGCUGUCUGUUAAGAGUGCCUUUGCGAAGGGCAUACCGCGAUGGAAGAUACUACUGCACAUACUUCGGCGUUCGAUUAUGAUGUUCAUCCUGGGCAUCUCCCUCAACACGAUCUACGGCUCCAAUAUGCUGGGGGAGCUACGCAUAUUCGGUGUGUUGCAGCGGCUGGCUGUCGCUUACCUGAUCGCCGCUGGCUUCUACGCUCUCACAGCGCCCAAAUAUUACACCCCACCGAGGGGCGCCUGUGGUCAAGCGCUUAAGGACCUGUUGUCGUGCGCUUGGUGUUGGGCGUUGGCAGGCGUGUUGGUGGCCGUGCACACAGCUAUCACUUUCAUAGUCCACCACCCAGAUUGUCCCGCAGGCUACCUGGGCUCCGGGGGCAAGCAUGACGACUGGGUGGCGCCGGAGUGCAGCGGUGGCGCGGCCGGCUUCAUAGACCGCCUACUCCUCGGUGACUCCCAUCUCUACCAGAACAGCGACGCCCGUAGAACGUAUGGUGGACCACCCACAGACCCCGAAGGGUUGCUGGGCUGCUUGACGUCGGCGGUACAAGCUCUGCUCGGCGUGCAAGCCGGCGCCACAGUUCUUCUUCAGCGCUCGCACAAGGCUCGCGUCUCCCGCUGGCUCGCCUGGGCACUGGUACUCGCACUUGCCGGAGCCCUACUCGCCGGUUUCUCUCGCGAGCACGGAGUAGUGCCCAUCAACAAGAACUUGUGGUCGAUGUCGUUCGUGCUGGUGACGUCCGCGUGCUCGCUCGCGCUCCUCAGCAUCUGCUACACGUUCACGGACGCGUGGCGGCUGUGGGGCGGCGGGCCGUUCCGCGCGCCGGGCCUGAACGCCAUCGCUCUUUACGUGGGCCACUCGCUGUGCGCGCACCUGUUUCCCUUCCACUGGCGCGUGCCCCACAUGCGGACACACGGGCUGCGACUGCUCGAGGCGGCGUGGGGCACCGCCCUCUGGGUGGUGAUCGCGCACGUGAUGGCGCGCAAGAAGGUGUUCAUCACCCUC